GUGUCGGCAGCAGCUGCAGCCUCCCGCGCCACCCCCUCGGCCGCCGCCGCUCCGGGGCGAGGGUGAGCUGAGCAAGGCCCGCAGCUGCCACCCCGCGCCGUGCGGAGCGGAGUGGAGCGGCGGCCCCGGAGAACGCAAAGUUGCCAGUCUCAAGCGCAGACAUGCCGGGCAGCGACACGGCGCUCACCGUGGACCGGACUUACUCGGACCCCGGCCGGCACCACCGCUGCAAGAGCCGGGUAACACGACAUGACAUGAAUACCCUCAGCCUACCCCUGAGCAUACGCCGAGGGGGGUCAGACACCAACCUCAACUUCGAUGUCCCAGAUGGCAUCCUGGACUUUCACAAGGUCAAACUCAACGCAGACAGCCUGAAACAAAAAAUCUUAAAGGUGACCGAGCAGAUAAAAAUCGAGCAGACAUCCCGCGACGGGAAUGUCGCUGAGUACCUGAAACUGGUCAGCAGUGCGGACAAGCAGCAGGCUGGACGCAUCAAGCAGGUGUUCGAGAAGAAGAACCAGAAGUCAGCCCACUCCAUCGCCCAGCUGCAGAAGAAGCUGGAACAGUAUCACAGGAAACUCAGGGAGAUUGAACAGAAUGGAGCCUCUAGAAGCUCAAAGGACAUCUCUAAAGACAGCCUGAAGGAAAUACACCACUCUCUGAAGGACGCCCACGUGAAAUCUCGGACUGCUCCCCACUGCCUGGAGAGCAGUAAAUCGAGCAUGCCAGGGGUAUCCCUCACACCCCCUGUGUUUGUCUUCAAUAAGUCAAGGGAGUUUGCCAACUUGAUCCGGAAUAAGUUUGGCAGCGCGGACAACAUCGCUCACCUGAAAAAUUCCCUAGAAGAGUUCAGGCCAGAGGCCAGCCCCAGGGCGUACGGGGGCAGCGCUACCAUCGUGAACAAACCCAAGUACGGCAGCGAUGACGAGUGUUCCAGCGGCACAUCGGGCUCGGCUGACAGCAAUGGGAACCAGUCCUUCGGGGCUGGUGGGGCCAGCACACUGGACAGCCAGGGGAAGCUCACUCUGAUCCUAGAGGGACUCAGGGAGAUCAAGGACACGCAGACCCAGCUGGCAGAGGACAUUGAAGCACUGAAGGCGCAGUUUAAGAGAGAAUACGGCUUCAUCUCUCAGACUCUGCAAGAGGAGCGAUACAGGUAUGAGCGACUUGAAGACCAGCUUCAUGACCUGACAGAGCUGCACCAGCAUGAAACAGCCAACCUGAAGCAGGAGCUAGCCAGCGCCGAGGAGAAGGUGGCCUACCAGGCCUAUGAGCGCUCGAGGGACAUCCAGGAAGCCUUGGAGUCGUGCCAGACGCGCAUCUCUAAGCUGGAGUUGCACCAGCAGGAGCAGCAGACCCUCCAGACAGACUCCGUGAACGCCAAGGUGCUUCUGGGAAAGUGCAUCAACGUGGUUCUGGCCUUCAUGACGGUCAUCCUGGUGUGCGUGUCCACCCUGGCCAAGUUUGUCUCUCCGAUGAUGAAGAGUCGCUUCCACAUCCUUGGCACCUUCUUUGUCGUGACUCUUCUUGCGAUAUUUUGUAAAAACUGGGACCAUAUCCUGUGUGCCAUAGAAAGGAUAAUAAUCCCAAGAUGAGCCACCAGUUCCUGCCUUCUCAUUCUCUCAAGUUUUUAUUUUGAAGAGAACUCU